AUGUGUAGGACAUGUGGUUCGGGUCGAUUUCUAGACAAUGGACGCUGCGGCUAUGUGCUACGAACCUGUGGCCCCUUGGAUAAGACAUCUCGUUCCAGCAAUUAUGCCUCAAGACCAAGCUCCCAGAGCCCUCUUUUGUCUUCUAGACAUGUCCUAUUGACGCGUGAUAGCUGCGAGCUUGUCGUCCGCCUUUUGGCUGGCCGGCAUCUGCCCAAAGUAGUUAAACCUAUCGUCGAAGUAGAACUCAUCACUGAAUCCUGGAGUCCAUUCACCGGUCAAAAAUUCCAGAUACCCGUUCUUGGUGAGUAA